CGGCGCAUGCGCCUCCGAGCCCAGGCGAAUUCGCUUUUUUAAAAGGCGGCAGAGGCGAGAGAGAGCCCGGCUGGACUCCGAAAAGGAGAGGACGAAGAAGAGAAGGAGGAGGAGGAGGAGGAGGAGAGGCAGUCCUGCGGCGGCGCUCCCGGCUCAGAAUGUGAAGCACAGGAAAACAUUCCGGAUCGUCAUGUCGCCAUUUUCAGACCAGACACUCUGCUGAUUUUGACCAGUGGCCAGCAUAACAGAAGGUGUUUACUACUGGGUAUACCAUGGCUCUCAGCCUUUUGCUACUGAGUCUCAAAAGAAGACACAGGACUCAGAUAUCCUGUUCUGGAUUACCUUGAAUGCUUUCGGCUUGGCGCAGCCUUCCGGUGCUGAGGUGCGAGGGGAGCAUGGCUCAGAAAGCCUGGCUCAGCACACUGUUCCAGAACCGCAAAGCCCAGCUGCUGUUGGUCAACUCUCUAACGUUUGGCUUGGAAGUCUGUCUUGCUGCAGGCAUCACCUAUGUGCCCCCACUCUUGUUGGAAGUGGGAGUGGAAGAGAAGUUCAUGACAAUGGUUCUAGGGAUUGGACCAGUUCUAGGCCUAGUCUUUGUGCCGCUCAUUGGCUCUGCCAGCGAUCAUUGGCACAGUAGCUUUGGCCGUCGCCGGCCUUUCAUCUGGGUCCUAUGUCUGGGAGUCUUCCUGAGCCUUCUGAUCAUUCCUCAUGCUCAUCGUCUGGCCAGCCUUAUUGCCCUGGAUACCCGCUCUCUGGAGUUAGCCUUCCUCAUCAUGGGCAUUGGUUUGCUUGACUUCUGUGGCCAAGUCUGCUUCACUCCCCUGGAGGCUCUUCUCUCUGACCUCUUCCAGGAGCCAGACAAUUGUCGCCAGGCCUUCUCAAUGUAUUCCUUCAUGGUUAGCCUGGGGGGCUGCAUCGGCUACCUACUACCAGCCAUUGACUGGGACAGUAGUUUUUUGGCUCCUUACCUGGGAGGACAGGAGGAAUGCCUCUUCAGCCUCCUUACCAUCAUCUUCCUUGGCUGUGUCUUGGCCACUGCUUUUGUGACUGAGGAGGUGGCUGCUCAGGUGGAAGUGCUCACAGGCCCUGCAAUGAAGGAAUCCUCCAGAUCCCCACCCUUUAGCUGCUGCUCUUUCUGGCUUCCACAGAACUUUUUCAGGACCAGGCAUCUAGUGCAAGCCUUUAGGAGCCUUUGUGCCUUGGCCCCGCGCCUACAUGGAGUAUGCUGCCGUAUCCCCAAGGUAAUCCGGCAGCUUUUUGUCGCUGAGUUGUGCAGCUGGAUGGCUCUCAUGACCUUUAUGCUCUUUUACACUGACUUUGUUGGGGAAGGACUAUACCAGGGAGUUCCCAGAGCUGAACCAGGCACAGAGGCCAGGAGACAUUAUGAUGAAGGAAUUCGUAUGGGAAGCCUGGGCCUCUUUCUCCAGUGCAUCAUCUCCAUCUUCUUCUCGACAAUCAUGGACUGGAUGGUGAAACACUUUGGGACACGAAUGGUCUACCUAGCCAGUGUGGCUUUAUUCCCACUGACUGCCUUCAUCAUGUGCUUCUCUCAGAGCAUCGUUAUAGUCACUGUUUCUGCUGCCCUGACAGGUUUCCCUUUCUCAGUGCUGCAGAUCCUACCAUACACACUGGCAUCACUCUACCAUCAUGAAAAACAGAUAUAUUUGCCUAAGUAUAAAAGCAAAGAAGAAGAUGCAGCUCAACUAGACAAGAAGCACGGCUUCCUCAAAAGCCAUAUUUCUGGUCAGAAACUGACAUACCAAAAUGGACACAAUGGAAGCCUCUUCUCCGCCCCUGGUGCUGGCUCUUCCCUCUGCGUCGGCUCUCCCUGUGAAGUCCCUCUCAUGAUGAUGGUGGGAGAUGCAGACACUGCAGCUGCAAGCCGAGGCAUAUGUUCAGACCUGGCCAUCUUGGACAGUGCAUUUCUCCUUUCCCAGGUCAUCCCAUCCCUCCUCAUGGGUUCACUUGUUCAAUUCACUCAGUCAGUCACUGCUUAUAUGGCAUCUGCUACUGGUUUUGGCUUGGUGGCCAUUUACUUUGCAACCAAAGUUACCUUUGACAAAAGUGACAUGGCCAAGUAUUCACUGUAGGAAGGGAAAGGAUAUGACUCAAAUUCCAACUUGAAAAAGGGUCGUGGAGAAGAGUCAGUUUGUAUACAGGUUGUGUCUUCUUUCUUCCCAGGUUGCAUUGUUAAGGGACAUAUGCAGAAAUCCUGGCUGAAGGAUAAGAAAACAAAAGAAAAAUACUGGGCUAAUCUCAGGGUAUCUAAUGAAAGGGAGUAUAGUAUCACAUUGCCUGUUUCUUCGUAAUGCCUACACCAAAGUGCUUUGGCAUUGAAGCCUAUAGAAAGAGGAUUCCAGGUUUAAAAAGUAAAGGGAGAACAUUUGCAUAACUGCUAUUAGAGAUGGGAACAUUUACUCCUGUGGACUACUGUUGCCAAGAAUGAUGGGGCUGUUAUUCAGAAAGCUAACUUUCCUAAACUCUGACUACUAUGUCAAAUUGUGUGGGAGGUACUGGCACAGAAGGGGCCAAAGAUUAUUCAAAGUUCUUGUUCACCUCACUUUUUUAUUGUAAAUUUUAAAGCACUGCUGUUGGUUGGUUUCCAGAUUGUCUUAUAGGUAAAGACACUAUUGUAAUGUAAGUCUCCUUGUCUUGGCAUGAACCAGAAAAUACAUGAAAAGAGGACUAUAAGUUGGCACAUCUAAAAGGAGAGGUAGAAAUAAUUCACUCCCUUUACCGAGGUGUCUUGUAAGUCAAGACUGAGGUGAUAUAAACAAACUGAACAGUAUCACAUAGGACUGGGAGGGGGACUUGUUUAGGUGUGGAUACUUUGGUUGAACUAGCAGCAACUGAGCAGUGGCCUGACGGAAAUUAAAAACUUGGUCAUCAUCUGAUCCUCCCCCGCACCUCUGUUCUAAACUGAGCUUGCAGUGAGUGCAAACAGAGAAGUUCGCAUAAACAUCAGCCAAAGAACACACCCUUUUGGAAGGCUUGGUUUUAGUGACUGACUGGCACAAACAAACCACAGUGCCUUUCACUGUGUGCAGUCCUGAAAAGGAGGCAUAGUGUGCCAGAGUGGUAAAAGUUCUCUCAUACAUGCUGCCUUUCCUACUAAGGACGCAUCCUACAGCCUGCUAGUACUAAAGGGCUCUAUAGAAAAACCGACCAUGUUUCUUAAUACCACAAAACAGGCACCAAGCUGAAUUUUUCCAGUGUGUGAUUUAGCCAUUCUGCCACCCAGAUUGAAUGGAGGCACUCCCUCCAUCAGGCAAAUUUUGCAGAACAAAUAGCUCUCUUUGAACUCUGUAAUUUUUUCCUGCAUUUUUUAAAAACAACAAAUCAGGUUUGAGCAAGUAAUAUAUGUGGCUCGCAACUAUUCAUGCAGCACUAGGCAGUGCAGCUGUUUCUAACCAGGAGUAGAACAACUCUUAGUAAGGGAAAAUCAGGGUACAUGGAAUAUUUGGGUUAGAAGGGCACUUGAAGGUGAAACCCAACCCAUGGCUACUGAGGCAAUAAAAUGUAACAGCCUAGAAAAGUUAGUUUUUUGAUCUAUAAUUCCAAGAAAUACACAGGCACAUUAAUCAUAUUAAUUUGGUUAAUGGCACAUCUAAUGUGGCCCUCACACCUAUUAUCAGUGUUGAAUUCCAACCUUUUGCCCUUUUGAGUGAUGAAGUAAUUAUAUAGGUAACCAUUCAGUAGACUUGUAGGUGGUGAUAGCUUGUGGACUGAAUGGGCUGGGUGCUCUCCCAAGUUCAUUCUCAUCCAUGGUUUGAUCCACAAGGACUCUGUAGUGACAGGAAAACCACUUAGUCAGCCACCUCUGUCAAUAAAGUUCCAGAGUAGGGACCCCUUCACACCACACACACUAUGGUUCCACUUCAUUGCCAUGGUUUCAUUUUGGGAUUUGCGGUUUAGAGACAGGUGUUUAGAAUUCUUUACCCCAGAGCUGUAGUGCCUCAUCAAAUCACAAACCCCAGGAUUCUAUAAGAUUCUGUAAGAUGUUGCCAUGGCAGUUAAAGUGGAAUCACAAUGCUAUAAUUAACCACCUUGAAUCUUGUGCAAAGAGGAAGGUGGCAUAUAUAUAUUAUUUCUGUGACUCAAAAAUCUCCCAGCAUUCCUGUACCCAGCAUUUGCCAUAUAAAACUAUUGUUUCCCUUUUCCUAAUUGGUAAAGGAUUUGAAUGAAGGCAAACUUUUCUGAGGCUGAAUGUGAAAAACAGUUAAAGCUUUGUCAAAUAUGAUUGUUUCCUACCAAAUCAUCUUAAGGAAUUACUGGUUAAUCUUUUUUUGCCACAUAUUCAUGGUAGUUGACUGUACAAGGGCCAUCUUUGAAUGUUUCAAGAAGGUGAGCCAGGGAUCCAGCAUCGAAUGUGGAAGGAGAACAGCCUUAACCACUGUAAAAGAUCUUACUGUGGUAGUCUUUCCAAUUUUGUGGGUGGCUGGGUAGAGUCUGCUACUCUGGAAGUAAAGUUACAAGUUAAAGUUAAAUAGGAGCAAAAAGACUUGGGAGCUCUCCCAACUGAGGCCCCUUACACAGAGCUGUAUACAAUCUCACAUUAUCUGCUUUGAACUGGGUUAUAUAGCUGUGUGGACUCAGAUAACCCAGUUCAAAGCAGAUAUUUUGGGUUAUGUGGCUGUGUGGAAGCGCCCCAAGGGACUUGUUCGAAACUAUGAGAGAGCCACAAAAUCUCCCAACAAUCUCAGAACUCAAACAGGAGAGGGAAUAAAGUACAGGAUAUUAAAAAUAUAGAAGCAAAAUGAGAAGUACAUUAUCAUAAUCCAGUUUUUCUCAAUUUGGUGUCGUCCAAAGAUUUGAGACUAAUUUCCAUCACCCUGAGGAAUGACCAUGCUGAUGAAGGCUGAUGGCAGCUAGAGUCCAACAUAUACUUCUGUCACUUUGAAACCAGUGGUGUGGAAUUCAACUGUCCUUUGUGCCCUAUUGACAAGUUUGCUUUCCUUUUUUUACAUCCUAGACAUCAGCCAAGGCAAGAAGAUGACCACACUAUAGUUUACUGUGCUUCGAGUUGUAGCCCCAAAGAUCUAAAAAACAUCUAAAAGAAUUGUUUUGUUAUUUUGAACAAGUGUUUCAGAUAGAGGGAUGAGAAGAAAGCCUUUGCCCUCUUUGGAUCACAAGUAUCUUUGGUCUGGUCUUUGGAGUGGAGAAUGAGGAAAAUUAUGAUGUGAAAUCCCAAUGAUUACCCAACUUGUCCUGCUUUCAGGUUUUUUCACUUUUUUGUUUCAUGAGGCCAAUGACAUGGGCAUUGCAAAAAGAAUGUUAAAUGUAUCUUUGCCAUUGUUUUUGUUUAAUAAGGGGUGACUGAGGGCUGAUUUGUGAGCCAUUCCAGUUGCUGCUUGUAACUCUGUCCCACAGUGCAGUGUUCUUUCCAGUUUUGCUCACAUUCUUUAGCACUUAGCCUGUUCUAGUUGUCAGAAAUAGUUGAGAUGGGCCAGUGAAGACUCCAUCCCAACCAAGUAUUCAGCCACUGGAUAAUGGAUCAACCCACUUCAACUGUUGCUGUAUAUUUAACAUCACCUCAGUUACAAUGGCAUUCCCUUUAACAAGUUUUUCUUUCAAGUGUUUUCUGUCAAGCAAUGGAUUUUUCCUCCAUUACUGAUGUCCACCUGCUUUCCCCCCACAUAGCUUUAUUUAAAGGGAAGUUACUGAAAAUGUUUAGGCCAGUGAUUGGAUUGGUGCCUUUACUUCCAAACAAGAGAUUUCUUUGAACUGUAUUUGUUUGAAAAGGGAACACGUCUCCCUCGCUGUGUCUUGCUAUCUGCAAUUUGUGUGUUUAUUUAUUUACGGAAGUAAAUAUUUUGUAUAGUUUAUGUUCAGGGGAUAUUAAAGUCUAUUAAGGAGUGGUAAUUUUAAGAAUGGUGUGUUUAUAAUUUAAUGACCCAAUGAGAACUUUCUUUGGACUUGGAACUGGAUGCUGAAUGAAUCUUAUUUUUUGUCCCAAACUGAAAAAAAAUUAAUAAAAACUGAAGACAAUAGACGGAA